UUGUAGCGUACUUCCCCUUUUGUUAAGCAUACUGGUGUGAAACCUUUGAUAUCGAAUUUACUUACUGCAGUGUAACCUAUUCUAUUAUACGGAAGUUGCAUCACUCUUCAACAGGAUUCAUCACUGCGCAGAUCAUUGUUUCAAAAAAAGCAAUUUUUAUUGCUUUAUUGUGAAUAUUUGGACUUUUGGGUUCCGAGUAAACCGUAUCAUAGCAGAUUUUGCUUUAUCUUUACUCUGUUUAACAGGGGUUUUAAACGACAACAUUUUGUGAGCUGUAUCGGGAGUGUUGGGAACAGCAGCGUGGAAGUCUGUACAAAGGUGUCCAUCAGUCCCUGCUCAGCCUGUUCAGUGUUGGAAGAGUAUUCCAUCUGUACUCUCAGUGGUCGAGUAUCCACAAUCGAGGCGCAAUGGGCAAAGCUGACCCACGGACAGCGAAAGGUGGCAAACGAAAGGCCAGCAGGGCAGCAUCUCCAGAAGAACCAGCCCCCAAACAGAACAGACUUGCAACGCUGAUAGCUGAGGCCAUAUCCCAAGACAGGGAAGUUCUGGAAGAAAUACAGACUCUUCUGACUGCUCCUACUGAGCCAACGAGAAAGCCGGAUGGAACCUCUUCAGCCAUUUCCAUAUCAGAGACUGAUAACAUCAGUGAGGAGUCGGAUGAUGUAUCCUCAGUCCUGGCGAUGUCUAACUUUGGCGACGGCCCUUCAACUAGUUCAGCCGCCGACAUUAGUUUAGGUGUUUUUUCUGUUGUUCAUCCACCUCUAGACCAAAACACUAUGAAUAAGAUUGUUAAUGGGAAAUAUGUUGAUUUUCCAUCACUUAUCUUCAAAGAUCAAAAUCAUGAAACAACAACCAUUCACAAAACUCAAUCUUCUACAAUCACAUCAACGCACAAGGCUUGUCGGAAGCAACUUCACAACAUCCAUCAAUGGAAUGAAGCAUUCCAAAUCUACUCCGACAUAUACACCCAGAAAUACCCAACACAAGCCCCCCAUCUUUUCAGGUACAUGACCAUAAUUCAAAGACUGUCCAACAGCACCCGCGCCUGGUUGACCUACGACGAAAAGUUCCGUCGUCUAAGGGCUGCGUGCCCCUCUAUCCCAUGGGGUACUGUCCACAUAGAAACCUUUCUCUUCUGUACGACACUGGGUCAAAGCCAGCCCUCUCGGACCAGUGCAACACCAUCUUCAGGCUUCCGGUCUUUCUCAAACAGGCCUAACAAGUCUCCCUUCUUCAGGAGAGGCUACUGUUGGGAUUUCCAACAAGUGGGUUCAUGUGAACGGCCCAGAUGCACACAAGCACACCGAUGCGGAGGUUGCGAGGGCCCACACGGUGCCUUCCAAUGCAACCAGCCAUUCCUCAAACCUAAACGUAACAACUUCGCCAGUCCUUUCACUCCCAAACCAUCUUCAUUCGGAAAGCCAACAACGUCCCAGCAGCAGCAGCAACAGCAGCAAAAGUAAAGCACCAUUUCCACUUCCAACACCUAUCAUCCUUGAUAAACUUAAUCCACUAUUGAUAGGGUAUGACCCUAGCCUUUCAUUGUUCUUAACCAGGGGUUUCAGUCAGGGGUUUUCUCUUGGAUGUGAGGGCACACUGUCGUCCCGAUUACCCAAAAAUCAUUCUUCAGUAUCUGUCCACAAAGACUUUGUCAAGAACAAGCUUCAAAAUGAACUUCAUUUAGGUCGUAUUAAAGGCCCUUAUAUACAUCCACCACUUGAUAAUUUCAUCUGCAGUCCUUUGGGUGUGGUACCAAAAAGAGAACCAAAUAGUUUCCGGCUCAUACAUGACCUUUCAUUUUCUCCAUCACAUUCAGGAUCUGUAAACUCUCUCAUCACCAAGAAUUUUUCAGCUGUUACGUUGGAAACUUUUGACCAUGUUGCUGCUCUUGUCCUACAGUGUGGUAAAAAUUAUCUGGUUGCUAAGGCUGACAUACAAGACGCUUUCCGUAUAAUCCCUAUUUGUCCUCUAGAUUACCAUAACUUAGGAUUUUUCUUCAAUGGUGGUUACUAUUUCGAUACAGUCUUGCCAAUGGGUGCGUCUUCUUCAGUUUCCAUCUUCGAAGCCUUUUCUUCUUCCUUGCAGUGGAUCUUACAAAACAAGUUUGGUGUACAAUAUGUAUCCCAUAUUGUUGAUGAUUUUAUUUUUGUGGGUCCUGGCAAUUCUUCUAUUUGUGCUCAAAGCCUGCACACAUUUUUCGAACUUGCUCGAGAAAUAGGGCUUCCUAUCAAACUAUCCAAAACAGUAAAUCCUACAACAAAAGCGGAGGUACACGGCAUACUGAUAGACACUACCACAUUAACGGCUAGUCUUCCACCAUCCAAGGUACAGACUCUCCGCAAUCUCCUCUUUUCGUUCAAACGCCGCAAGAAAACAACUCUAAGAGACUUACAAUCUCUACUGGGGCAUUUGAAUUUUGCUUGCAAAGUCAUCAAACCUGGUCGUU